AAACUGACUGCUUAUCAUAAAAUGAUGUUGGUUUUUCGGAUUGUGUAAAUUGUGGCUUUAUGGAUGUUGUGUACCGUUCUACCCAGGCCAUGGCCACUGUUUUGGGUUGUUGAUGCGUAUCUCUACCUAGGCUAGGCCUAGCAUCAUCAUGGAUUUCGUGCUACCUGCAUCCAGCCGCCCAGUUGGAAAUUGAUACAAAAUGAACAGCUACUACUAACUAGGCCUACUACUAAAUUUUGUAGGGCCUAGCUAGCUAGGUUAGGCUUAGGCCUACUGCUGAACAACAGCUUGGGUAGGCAUUGAGUCCGGAGGGCCCUAGCAGAAUAAAAAAUGGAGAUAAUUGAGAAUCGUCCGGCUGGUACAUUAAUUUGCUGCAAUGUGAUGGGGUUUGGUUGCAAAUUACUUUAAUGGAUAGAUUCAAAAUGAGUCGUGUAAACAGAGAUAAAGUGUCGGUCCCGGAAGAACCGCCAGGAUCCCCAACAGGUACCACAUAUGUGGAGAGAUUGCUGGCAGUGGAUAUUGACCCCCAGACAUGCUAUGAGGUAUUCUUCAGCCACUGGAAGCAGACUCUACAAGUCUUUAACAAGCACACGGCCACCGCAGUGUUCAAACGGUCACGGGUUUCCAUGGAUGAGGUGCAGACAGUCGUUAAUUACAUGAACCAGAUGAUGUGUUUAUUGGUUGAGGAAAAGUCCCCGAGUGGUGGCGUUAUUGGUCGAAUGCUAGAACUCAUGAUACGAGAUAACAUGCUUGAUAAGUUUUUCGUCUGGUGCAGUAAGAGCGGUGAAUUCUUUGAAGACUUAAAGUACGAACAAUUAAAGAUUUAUGAAAUUCUCAUCGCACAGUCAAGACAAAGUGUUCUUAUGCACAACGCUAUUUUGAACCCGCUACUACGGCUUCUGUUAGCGUGUUCGGAAUUUAACUCAGAACGUGUCGAAUCACGAUUGAUACUGCUUCUGAAUCAACUGUGCGUAGCUCUUUCAAAGGACACAACUUUGCUAGAGUUUUUGUUUCAUGCAAGUCCAAAUCAGGGGCCUGCCAAAUUUUUGAUAUUUUCGUUGCUGAUUCCGUUUGUCCAUCGUGAAGGCCGACGAGGGCAGCAGGCAAGGGAUGCACUAUUACUAUGUAUGGCUGUCUCCUCCGAGGCAGAAACCGUUGGGAAAUACAUUGCUGGAAGUACAAGUCUGUGUCCAGUGCUCGCAACUGGGCUUGGUGCUCUAUAUUCACGGUUGCCAAGGAAACUGGUGAUCGAUGUCGAUCAUUGGCACUCGUUGACAAGAGAAGAUUGGGUCAAGAUCCCAGAGCUGGUUCACUUCCUUAACUCUUUGGAAUUUUGCAAUGCUGUUGUACAGGUCUCGCAUCCGCUUGUCAGCGACCAGCUAGUCCAAUUCUUCCAUGACGGUUUCCUGGUUCCAGUGAUCGGACCCGCCCUCCAUCAGUUUUCCAGAGGUAAUGUUGAUCCCGCAGACUCUGACAAUGUGAUUUCAGUUGAGGAAACGAUCGCAGCAACAGCGUAUGUAGAACUCUUCAUUCGCAGCAUAACCGAACCAAGUCUGAUGCGAGUUUUUUUGCGAUUCCUCUGCACCGCAAAGCACGAGAAUAAAUUUAUUCUUGACUCGUUAAUAUCACGUAUCGGCAGUAACUCCAGACUAUGUCUUGUUACGUUGUCGUUAUUCUACACACUGCUGGAUAUCAACUGCGAAGACGUAAUGCUGCAAUUAAUUCUAAGAUACCUUGUUCCCUGCACGCACCUUAUGGUGAGCCAAAGAAAGUCUGUAAAAGAUGUUGAUCUUGAUGGCCGUUGUGCCAGUAAGUUCCUGUCAUUGUCACCUGACUGCUGCCAGUCAAAGGUCAAGCCUCUAAACGGUAUUGACAAAAAAUUACAGAGUAAGCCAGUCACGAAAGAAACUUGUGAUGAACCCGUCAAUGACCCUGAUCUUACUAACAACUCAGUGUUACUAACAAAGAAAAGUGAAGUUGUACUUGGUGGUUCUCCGCAGUUUUCUAAACGUCUGUUCGGCCAAAGAAGGCACAGUGAUUCGCGGUCAUCCGGUGGUUCAUCGUCAUUGAAUCAAUCUAUUAAUGGAUUGGAUGAUAUUCUGGAUGAAACAUUGUCCGAUUUUGUCACGAGUCAUAACGAAUACUUGCAGGAUGCGAGUGACGGUAUUUACAAUUGCGUGCUCGGUUGUUCAAGCUGGAGCGCCCCCUACGAUGGGGAGAACCCACGUCCGUUUACCCACAGUCACGAUACAGACAGUGUGUCUUCAUCAGAAGGACGACCGUUUCAUACAUCUCGCUCGAACAGUCCCAUGGAGCGGUCAAGCAGUUUUGUGCGUACACCGGAAUCCAACCGUAAAGGCUCGUUAUCGAGUCUAAGCUCCAGUUUUUCUGAGAGUUUAAAUAGAUCAGUUCCUUUUGGGUCGGGAUUUGAAGGGAAUGCGAGCCCUCGGUUGCCACGUGGCUCAGACCCAAUUGUCCAGGAUACUAUACAAGAAAUUUUACAAUUUGAAACUGGUUCAGGAAGCUCUGGUGAGAAUCAGGUCAUUGAGUUAGCAGAUUUGAAUUCAAGUAUCGAGGAAGUUUUGAAUUACGAGCGGGGAAUCUCCGAUGAAAGAAAUUCCUUUGGUAGUUUUUACAGUGAUAGCUCGCAUUUAAAAGUUAAUCGCUCGAAAAAUCUGGCAACAGAUAAAAAGAAAGGAAGCCGGUUGUCCAAAGAAAAUAAAUAUUCUCAGAGUAAUGGAACGAGCCAUGCAGAUUCUGUUAUUAAUUCUACGAGUAGGAAAGCUUCAGGGAGUCCGAUAUCGUCUCCGAGAAGCCAAGUAAAACGCUCAAAUACAUUUGAAGGAUUUAGUUCCAAGUAUGAUCAAAAUCAAGAUGGCUCCUCGCUUUCAAAAUGGCUGACCGCAUUAGGAGAAGAUGGAAGUAGUGAGCAUCUACAUCUUGGAGAUGAUGAGAAGAAGGAUGCGCUUGAAAGAACGUUAAGUCGAAAUGAAUCAAUGAAUGCAAGUGAUGACGUUCAAGUGUUUUGGAAUUAUGAUUCGGAUUUUGAUACCUCUAAAACUUAUCGACAGCGAUCUUUUUCAGGAGAUACGUCUAAUGAGGCUGAGAAAAUUUUAACCGCUUUAGGAUUUAAUACUAAGAAAGAUCAAGAGACUAGCCCAAAAACAGGCCGAACGAAACGUGGCACCUUAAGUAGCAUGAGUUCAUUUAGUGAAUCCGAUUGGGAAUUCGACGGGAGGAGUAGUCCGUUGCAGAAUGGUGUUAACUCACCGCAGCAUAGCCAGCGGCGUAAACUUCCUAACAUUCCAAUGCACAGCUCACCACAACCAAAGAAAGUGCUGCACGUAAACGGAAACUUGCUCGACGAUCUUGACUUCGAAAAUGAACUCGGGAAACCGCAGCAAUCUACGCUGGAUUCCAUAAUACCGCACCUAGCCCCAGGGUCAGUCAUAUCUGGGCCACUUCUUCCAACACCGCUUAUUCAACAAGUCAUGUUUAGCCCAAUCAAAAAUAACCCUAUGACCCCAACGACAGGUCCAUUUAUCACUGCAAUAUUCAACAAGCUAGACACCAUGAUGACAAACUCCCUCUAUGUCAAUCUCUUAGUCACUGGUAUUAUCACAAGAUUAGCCUACUACCCCCAGCCACUGAUCAGAUCAUUUGUGCUCAACACCAAUAUAGUUAUGCAGCCAAGUAUACGCUCAAUGAUCCAGGUUUUAAGUUCUGUUCGGAAUAAGCUUGACAGCUAUGCAAGCACUAUUGAUAAUUUUGAGUACUUGUUGUUGCGCGCAAAACGGUACUUGUUUGCGCGUGAAGAGCAGGCGUUCUCCACACAUCGUGGACGGGAGUUCUCACUGAGAGAAGAUCACUUCCGAGAGGAGCACACAAGAAAGAGUGCUACACUUGAUUCACCCAUCAAUAAAUCUCCACGUAAAGUAAGCAUCGGUGAUAUUUUCCGCCGUGGCAAACGCAACAAAUCCGUAAAGGCGUCUGAGAAGCAGAAACUCAAAGCCAUCCAAGACAUGGAAAAGAACAAACAGGAAACGAAAGAUCCCAAAUACGAGACGCUCCGGACAAAGAACGCCGUUUACUGCGCUGUCGUCUUUGAAGAAUUCCUGAAAGAGUUGUCCGCUAUCUGCCACGAACAUGCAGUUUUCAACAUGGAAGCCAUGACUCUGAAACUGCCAUUGUGAUGCAUGAUGGGUAAAUUUGUUCACUCAACCAUAACAUUGUGUACUCAACUGUAAUAUUGUUACUCCAAUCUGUUGUAAAAUUGUUUUACCCAAUUAAUUAUUGUUAAUUUUACUUAUGAUUUUUUUUUCUCUUGCCUGUUGGUAUUUAGAUGUUGUAAUGAAUAAUAUUUUUUUUGGUUAUAUCUAAUAUCCAUGUUGAAACAUGUAGUGAUUGACAUGAAAGACAUACUUCUGUAAUUAUGAAUCAGGUCUAGCAAGCAGGUACUAACACAUUCCAAAGCACACAUUUAACUUUAACAUGUAGAAUGUCAACAUAAUCAAAUUUUUAUGAAACAAAAUUUGUGUUAUUUACCCAUAUAUGGGCGUGACGAUGUCAUAUCACACCCAUAUAUGUACAAAUAAUGAGUAUUUGUCACAUUCAAAUUUUGAUGGAGAAGUACAUGUUGAGGGCGCCAGUACAAGUAUUCUUGUAAAUUCAUAAGCCCUUUUGUAUUGUAAAUUAAGUAUGUUGGCUGACAUUCCAGUUGGUUCAACAAGGACUUGGCUAGAAAUGUAUCAAGUUUUUAAGGGUUUUUUUUUUGUUUUUUAUACUGUAUUUUUGAUAUAAAUUUUAUCUGUACAAAACACUCUAAGAGUAGUACAGAAAAGACAUUUUAACAAGUUUAUUAGGGGUUUAUGUGUUGCUUAUAUUUAUCAUUAACUUUAUUUGCACAAAACACCCUAAUUGAGAACUCAUUAUUAGUUUGAGCCAAAAAUACUAGGAACACAAUAUAGAGUUCUCCACAGAAAAGAAAAACUGUAUCACCGAAAUGCAUGGUGAGAACGCAAACAAUGGGGUGCUGCGUACGGCUGGAUCUAAAAAAGUUCUGCCAUAUUUACGUCACAGUGAAUACAUAACCUCCUUUGGCUAAGGUAAAAAUCGUUGCCAUUAUCCAGAAGAUACAGACAAGUAGCAUAAAUAGAUCAAAAGAAUAAAAUGACAGACACGAAUGCGCAGAAUCGUAUGACUGGUCUCAGAUUAGUGAUAAAGUUUCCUUCAUUAGCGAAAAGAGAAGGGCGCCGUGUGUAACUGGAUCUACUUGGAAACAGAAGGGUGCCAUGUAUGUCUGGAUCUGUGUGAAAAAUAUGACGUAUAUCCACUUCAGUUUUGUUAGGCGAGAGAGCUGUAUCUUGUGUUUCUAGUAUCUUUGCUUGAACAGAAUCAGACCAUUCACAUAUUUUCCAAUGGUUGGCAACAAGACUAUACUGUAUUUUGAAAGCUUGACUCAACUUCUUUUCUCAUUUAAAGUGACUGCUAUCUUAGGUAGCUUACAAUAAAAUAAUCAAUCCUUUGAAAAUAUGAUUUCCAUUCUGCAUUUGGCUCUCAGACAAAGCAUCAAUUAUAUUUGCUUUCUAAAAGUGUACAUGAAUUGUACAUAUUCUUAUAGUAUUAUCAAUUGUACAUACAACUUUAUCUUCUGAUAAAUCAGUCUCAACUUAUUACUACUAUAUAACAUUCAAAUGCCUUGAUUUUUUUUUUCUUAUUCUUUUUCGAAAAACUACCAGCAUCUGACUUAUAAGUAGGAAUAAGAAAUUACAGUACAGUAUAUAUUAUAGAAUAUUAAGUGCUUAAAAUGUUUGCAGUGAUCGUGAACUUGCUUAUUUCUGGUUUUGCAAUUUAAAAAACAUAUGCUAAAGUAUUUGUUUUGUUGUCUUUUGGCACUCUUGCAAGUUUGUUUUUUUUUUGACAUUAGGUUUUAUGUGUUACAUAUGCUAUGUCAAUACUGUUUUGUAAACAGUAUAUUUUAAACGUCUUAAAGGGACUUGGUAUUGUAGAGCAGUGAUGAUUCUAAUAGACAGCUAUCCACUCCUUAAACUUUAGGGAGAGACUUUAAUUGCCACUAAUCUCCACUCCUGGAACUUCUAAAAGUGAAUUGGUUAUAGAAAAUCAAGGGAUCUAAAUUUCUCCAGCUGCAUCAUUAUGGAUUACCACCACCACCCUCCCCCCCCCCCCAGAUUGUUAGUUGAGUGUGUGUUCCAUAUGUGUUUGAUCCAGUGACUACCGGUGGUCAUAAAGUGAAGCAAAAAGUGACCUUAGCAUAAUAUGGUGUUUCAGGCCAAGUCAUUUUAUUAUGUAGUUGUCAUAUUUCUUUAUAUAGUGCUUCUGUUCAUCACUUGGAGAGAGGCUUGCGGUGCUUUUCCACCGUUUAUGUCGCAAAUCGUGUUAAUUGUAAAACUAUAGUGCCUUCUGUCUUAUCUCACUAGACUUUCAAUCUCAUCUAUGCACUUCUGUACUUAAACUAUCACCUUGAUACACAUCACCUCACUGAAACUGUUACACACCUUACUACAACUGUUAAACAUCUUACUAUAACUCUUACACACCUCAUUGCAACUCUUACACACUUCAGUACAACUGUUACACACCUCACUGCAACUGUUGUUUACUCAUGAAUCUUGUUAUCUCAACCUUAGACAUGGUGUCAGACCCAGGCACAACAACUGUUUAACACAGGGUGGUAUAUCGUAAGGCGUGCAACCCCUGGGUGAGGCAUUUUAUCUAUUGUCGUUCUUUAAUACCAAUGCACUUGAUAACUACACUGUAACAUUAGAGAAUGCUCACCCAGAGAGCUGUGUAUGUGUACUGUAGGCAUUAAUUUCAUUUCAGCGAUUGGAUUAUAAUGUGCAGUGCAUACAAGCACAAUAUUAGACUGACAUGUUAAGUGCAUAUCAAAUUGUAAUCAAAUAAUAGAGGUGUCUGCUUUAAUCUUGAACUAGGUCUUCUAAUGUAUAAUGUGCUUAAUGAAAUCCAUAUUCAUGCUGUAGAAUAAUUUCUUAGGUAUAUUUUCUUUCAAACGAAAUUCAAGGUGAUAUAAUUCCAGUGGGUAUAAUUCUUUUUCUUCACAACAAACCUGAAUUCUAUUUCCAUCUCAUGGUCAUUAUUCUGUCGUUAAUAACUUGUCAUCAUUAGUUUAAUUAGUAUCGGUCAGGUUUAAUUAUAGUUCUGCUUUUUAGUGAAAUGGUCUUAAAUCAUCAUCACCACUAUAUUUAUCUUAUCGGCUUCACUUCUCAUGUUUGUAGGUUUUUGAGUAAUGUGGAUUGUUCCAUUAAAUGACAUUGUGAAAUAUUCCAGAUAAGAUCCUCACUGAGUAAAUCUAUGACCAUGAUAUUAACAUCGGUUAUACCUUAUAAUUCAAAUAAUUUAUAAAAACUGUUAAAUUAUCUUGUUGUAAAACAGGACUCAUCAUAAUUGAAACUCCGAUGUU